AUGGCGUUAACACCAGCCACCCGCGGAGCCAUCCUAGGUACUAUCCGCCGCGAUAGCGAUAUCACCUCCCCAAGCCAGCAACAUGACAAAAAACCGAUGUCCGGAGCCAUAGAGCUAGGGACCGCGAAGGAGAAGGAGAAGCUAUUCAUGGAGAUGCUGGUAUACGUAGUCAAUGGACUGUGGCGAGAAGUACAGAGCCUCUCCCACAGCCACAACCUGGGAAGUCAUUUCGAGCGGCCGUCAGCCGCGCAAGGCACUUCAGUACCAACAAUAUCCGAGCAGAGGGAAAUCGCCGAACAAGUUAUGGCAGCUCUACCAAAGGGCAGCUCAGCUAGUUUUCUCGGUGAACUCGGUGUAUCAAACCCACCAAACCAGUUAUCUGCGCGACGAAUCUGCCCGAGCGCAGGAGUUACCGCAGGAAGUGGUCCCGCCGAUCGGCCACACAACGCCAUGAUCCAAGUCGCAAAGGGUCUCCCGACUAGCCUGGGGUCUGAUGCAGAAGAUAUUUCCAGGACUUAUCAGUCUAGGAGUAGCCAAGGAGGGAAAACGGAAGGCAGUCCAACGCAAGUCAUGCGGGACGUUUUCGUUCACCUACUGCACAGAGACCACGCCCUGAAGGAGGAAUUUCUCUCCACCGCAAUGGGGCCAGACGUGUCCAAGGGGGAUGCUCGCAAGGCUCUUCGUCUGAACGAGCCAUGGGGCUCAAUGGUGGAGCGCGUGGAUGAUUUGAAGGCGGAAUGGCGAGAAAAGCUAGGUCCUGCGAAUCUCAAUAAACGUUUGUAG